AGCAAUCGGCUGCUAAUGGAGAUUUAAUAGCAGAUAUGAAGACCAUGCAGGCCAAACUCAACCAAAAGAAUCCGGGUGUCUUUUCAGAAGGAAAGUUGAACAGCCUAACAAAGUUUGGAAGUCAAUCACCAGUUGGAAAUAGUACUGACAAGACAAAAUUAGGUACUGAUUUUUCCGUGGAUCAAUUAAGCCAGUUGAAUUCUACAGGACAGGGAAUUGAAGAUAAAUUAGCUGCAGGGUAUGUUAGUCCCUAUAACCUUGUGAACCAGCUGACAUUUGCCAACCAAAACCAAAGUGCAGCGCAACUACAAACUAGCCCACGGCCUACGCAGCCGCCUUUGGAAUCAUUACUCUACCACUCCCAACAAACUGAUAUGCCUCAUUCAGAUUUCAAUAGCACAAAUGGCUCGCUUCCAUUCCUAGACAAUGAUGAAUGCAUAGGGUUUAGUCAACCCUUUGUUGGGACACUUAGAUCACCGGGGCCUUUGUUUGUGUUGGGUUUGCAAGAUUCUUCAGCUGUUUUAACUGAAGCAAAUAAUUCCUCCCUAACUUCAAUUGGUCAGGAAAUGUGGGAUAAUAGCCUGAAUAAUUGUAGGCUCUUACCCCACGUGGAUCAGCUCACUUCAUCCCAUCGAGAUCCAGAUAGCCUUAAUUGCAUUUCUAACUCAAGCAGUCUGAGAGAUUUGUCAGAUGAGAGCAACAAUCAAAGUGGGAUUUAUGGUUGUCCAAACAUUCGGAUGUUGGUAGUGGUGUAA